CUUUGUAGAAAGUAAUAACUCACUUCAACUCCAAAAACAAUGCUAAACGACAAAGUAGUGAACGGUUUGCUGCUAUUCAGCACAACAAUUGCCACCCUGCUCGGCUACCUGACGAUCACGUACGAUCGGAAGCGGCAAGAGCUGCGCGUCUCGACCGUCCUGGUAGUGUACAGCAUCGUGCUAGCGAUCCUUUGCACCUUCACCUACCAGAGCGCCCAAUUCCUGUCGAGCGAUAUGCGCUACCGGAACGGCAUCAAAGAAUCCGCCGUCAACAAGGCGAUCGGUGCCAUCCAGGGCCAGGUCGUGCUGCAAACCUUUCUCUCAGCGGUGGUGCGGCGCUACCAUAAGCGCUACGAAAUUGCGCAGCUGAUGCGCGAUCUGUUUCAGCUGAAGCGGGAGCUAUUUAGCGCGACCGAGCUGUCGCAGCGCUGGAUCAAGGGGCACAUUUUGCGCAAGAUCACCAUCAGCCAGCUGAUCGUAACGAGCUCGUUCGUGCUGGCCGUGCUGGCGGUGCUCGACGCGGGUGAGGAGACCGCAAUUGGCAGCGAGCUGCUGUCGCUGUGCAUCUUUUACUAUCCCAAGCUGACCAUCAUCUGUUCGGUGUCGUUGUACUACGCCGUGAUGCUGUUCCAGCAAAACCUGCACUACGCGCUGAACGAGCGCUUGAAGCAGCUGAUAGUGGAGCAUACCGGCGGGUUGGUCGAUAGAGCGCGCGGAUACGCACGGCUGCAGCAUGCGGUGUACGUGCGGAGCAAGCUCAACUAUCUGGCCGAUGCACGCUGCCGGAUCGUGGCGUGCUGCACGGAAACGCACAACCUUUACCAGCAAAUGCUGCUGUCGUGCAGCUUUCUCUGCAUGACGUUCAUCGUCACGCAGGUAAUGGGACAGUUUUAACACGCACGAGUAAUACUGUGGGGGUUCGUCGCUUACUGAUUGUGGUGUUCGUUUUUUUUGCGCAAAGUUGUACCAUUUUUUCGAGCUACUGUACCUACACUAUCGGACGCGGAGUGAGCUGUCUUUUGCCGCCCUCGGACACGAAACGUUCACCUGCCUGUUGUGCUACUUUGAGGUGUACUGCAUUGCCGAGGCGUGCGAGUUGGUACGCGAGCAGUCACUAAAAACGCAAAAGCUGCUGCUACGUGUGAACCUCAGUCCGAUGGAUCAUAAACUUAAGCAAAGCAUCGAGGUGUUUGCUCUUCAAACGUUACACCAACCGAUUGAAUUCACCGCCUGCCGUAUGUUCACUUUGGAUUACACGGUGUUGUUUUCGAUUGCGGCCGCCGUCACGAACUAUCUCAUCAUUCUGAUCCAGUUUGAAAUGGCAAUAGAGCAAUAGUUUAGCUGUGCGUUGAGUGAGAUAUAUUUCUAAAAAUAGAGGAAAAUGUUCGUUUAAUAAUGUUUGCUUCAAUUACACAUCGGCGAUAGAGAUGACUACCUUUACCUGUUAAGAUACUGCUUCGGAGUUUCAUUGAAUUCGGACAAAGGACAACGCACACGCGCAUUCGAAAUAGAAUAUAGAUAUAUAUGUGUAUAUAUAUUUUUUGAAAUAAUAACAUUUCUCACGUGUUUGUUUGUUGGUUUUUUUUUUUAUCUUGCUCGACAAUUCUUGCUUAUUAUCAUGGACAACGGUCAGAGGGCUUUUUAAACAUACCGUGUGUUUGUGUGUGUAUGUGUGUUUCUGUGUGCCUUCUCCGUCAGCUUUAUAAAUGCUUUAAACUUGCUGACCCAACAAAACCGCGAAAGACGCGAAUAAAUGCGAUCAAGAAGGGCUAUAUAUGUGUGUAUUAUACCCGGCAGAAAGGCUCAUUCUACAGGAGAGGAAACAUCCUACACAAAGAGAAUCUCUAUAUCGAUGCGCUCAAGAUCGUGCAAGCAGUUUAGAAAACAGUGGUACAUGAUGAAGCUUGAAGCCCUAUUAUCCCUACUGCCGCAUUAGUCACAUUUUCUUGCCCUUGUUUUCGAUUAAUAUCACACGCACAUCCAUUAACACACGCGGCAUACAUCUACGAGAACACAGAUUGCAUCUGCCAUCGGCAAUACAUGGGAAGUAUGCGCUUUCGGUUGCUUCUUUUAGCUUGUUUGCCGUUUUUUUUUU